AUGAAACGUGGUCGUGCGCGUGUUCACGUCUGUCCCGCAGGUUCUUGGUCGGCGUCCACGAGUCCGGUCCGUUCACCCAGCCCGGACAGGUCGGAGAGCGGCCGCACGUACUACGGCACUACCAGCCUGGACCAGCGGUCACGUUCCCCGUCACCGGUGUCGACGAACGGCAGCGGCCGGCACCAGCAGCACCACCACCACCAGCAGCAGCAGCAGCAGCACCACCAUCAGCAGCAGCAUCACGGAGGAGGCGGCGGCGGCGGGGCAUCGGCCUCGUCGUCCGCCGCCGCCGGGCCGACGUCGUCGAGACAGCAGCAACAGCACCAGCAGCCGGCGCCACCUCCGCCGCCGUCGUCGUCGUCGUCCGUGUCUCACCACGGGCCGCACCAUCCGCCGCAGUCGCUGUCCGGCGGUGGCGGCCACGCGACCUCCGUGUCGGCCAUGAUGACCGGGGCGGCCGCGGCGUCGGCGGCUGCGGCGGCCAUGACGAUGCCGCCGCCGUCCGUGCUGGUCAACAGCAGUUACCCCGUGCUGGCCGUGGCCGGUUGCAACAGGCGCCGGUUGCCGCCCACGCCCAACAAGCCGUCGUCGCUGCAGCUCCGGCCGCCGCACCACUCGGCCUCGAUAAACUUCCCGAAGCUGAACGCGUCGCCGACGCGGGGCCAGCCGGCGGCGCUGCCCAAACCGCCGGCCGUGGCCGCGUCGUCCACGUCUACGGCCGCGGCCGUGGCCCGGCAGAGUAUGGCCAUGACGGCCAUGCCGCCGCUCAGCUUCGAGCAGGCCAUGUCGAUCGGCCGCAGCGGCCGGCUGCUGCCGUCGCCGGUGCGCAACGGGUACGCGUCGUCGUCGUCCAAGCAGCAGCAGCAGCAGCCGUCGUCGUCGUCGUCGGUGUCCGCGAUCAGGCGGCAAAAGAGCGGCGGCGGUGGCGGCGGCAGCGGUGGCCGGGUGAGCAGCCGGCACAGCGAUUCGGACGAGGACGACUGGUGCUAA